CACACACACACACACACAAUGGCCACAACAGCAACAGCAGCAGCAGCAGCAGCAACAGCGCCAUCCCUCCUAGCACGGCACCUCGCGCGCCCCAUCCUCCGCCCACACCCACCAAGCCUACGCACCGCAACCACCGCAACGCCCGCGUUCCCCCGCCGGCGCCACCUCCAAACCGCCUCCUCAGCGCCGCAGCAACCCACCCCCAAACCAACCUUCGGCUUCGCCUUCGACAUCGACGGCGUGCUCCUGCGCUCCUCAACACCCCUCCCGCGCGCCAGCGCCACACUCCGCUACCUCCGCACCCAAUCCAUCCCCUUCAUCCUCCUCACCAACGGCGGCGGCACCCACGAGUCGGCGCGCGUCGCCGAGCUCAGCGAUAAACUCGGCGUCCCCAUCCACCUCGACCAGUUCGUGCAGAGCCACACGCCGUUUGCGCGCAUGGACGCAUACAAGGACAAGACGGUGCUGGUGGUGGGCGGGGACGGCGAUAGCUGUAGAGGUGUCGCGGAAAUGUAUGGGUAUAAACACGUCGUUACGCCCGCGGAUGUCUGGGCUAGUGACCCCAGUCUGUGGCCCUUUAGUAAGCAUUGGGCGGGGUAUUACGAGCAAUUCGCGCGCCCGCUCCCACCAGGCAAGCUCAAGGUCGACGCCAUCUUCGUGUACGCAGACCCCCGCGACUGGGGCCUCGACACAGCCCUCAUCGUCGACCUGCUGCUCUCCCGCAACGGCGAGUGGCAAACCCUCUCCCCGCUCAACAAAGAAGGUAACUUCCAAGCCGACGGCCAGCCCCCUCUCUUUUUCUCGAACCCGGACCUCUGGUGGGCCGCGAAGCAUGCGCUUCCUCGGCUCGGCCAGGGCGGCUUCCGCGCUGCGCUCGAGGGCGUCUGGGAACAUGUGACGCGGGGGGCGUGUGGGACGGCGGUGCCGUUGCAAAGGAAGGUGUUUGGGAAACCGGGGCGGGAGACGUAUAAGUUUGCUGAGGAAAGGCUGGGCGAGAUGUUGGCUGCGCGGGCAAAGUCUACGCAGUCUACGCAGUCAGAAGGAGCAGAAGUGGGGGUGGAGCCACUAAAGCGCGUCUACAUGGUAGGCGAUAACCCGGAAAGCGACAUCCGCGGCGCAAACGACUACGCCUCCCCGCUCGGGACCGACUGGUUCUCCGUCCUGGUGCAGUCGGGCGUCUAUCGUGAGGGUGAGACGCCGAGUUGUGUUCCGCGCGAGUGUGUCAAGGGCGUGGGGGAGGCGGUGGAGUUGGCGCUGGGGAGGGAGGGCUGGGGUGGUAAGGGCGGGUUUUAGAGUAAGUGGGUGGGGUUUGUAGAG